UGUCUCUUUUCCCGCCCAUUUUCCGGGCAUCUGAUUGGCGGGACUGAGUUCACGCACUGCCUGACUCGUUGAUGGUAAUACAACAGUCAAGAAACUUCAUUGCGCCCCUAGUGGAACCGCAGUUGCCUGCCAGACCGCCAAAACGGAGACUAAAACGGAUACCAGAGAAAGUACGGAAGUACUUCAAGAACUUCUUGAAAGAAUGAAAAUAAAUGAUACUGAGACUACAUCUCUUCAAGAUGAAACUGUUCCGGGUUCCAUGAGCACAAACGGAUCCCUUCCCAUGAGCCACAGUGCUGAUUCUCAGAAAUCAGAGAAGACAUGCAAGGCCUUCAAAGAUAUAUCCCAGUACUUUUCUAAGAAGGAAUGGGAAAAGUUGGAAUACUCUGAGAAGAUAACUUAUGUCUACAUGAAGAGAAACUAUACCACCAUGACUAAACUAGGUUUCAAAACUGUCGUCCCAGCUUUCAUGUGUUCUGGUAGAAAUGCUGAAAAAUCCCAGGAAGAUGAUCCUGAUGCAGGUCAGGGCGUCAGCACUGCAGGUCGUGAUGCUCCUGUGCCGGAGUCUUCUGGCAUGCAUCAGAGAAAACACCUGAAGGUGACCAAGAAGCCAGCAAAGAGAAGGAAUAAUUCACGUGGAAUGCCAAGAACAUCUUACUCGGGACAGGCUAAGAAGAAGCGAAAUCUGGAACACCUAAGUACCUCUGGGGAGCAUGAUGUGGUGUCAGAACCCAGAAAGAAGGAGAUUAACGUCUGGAGCCACCGCCUGCGGGAGAGAAAGUACGUGGUGGCCUAUGAAGAGAUUAGCGACCCGGAGGAAGAGGACUAAUUGUCCUCUGGGAAGUGCCUUGCCCAUGAUGAUAAGCAGAACCUGGUGGCAUUUGAAGAACAACGGGCAUGGCUAUGAAUCCCUGGCCAUCAGCAACUGAAGUUAAGAUCUGCUAAUAGUGAAAAUUUAAGCAUCGGUGUACUGAACGCACUCUUUUAGUGUUUUUCUAUGUGGCAAGCACUAUGUUAGAUAUAAAUGUAGCAUUAUCUCUGUUAGAAUAGCACUAUCCUUGCUUCCCAGUUGUGACUACUGAGGGCAAUUCUAAGUAUUCAGUUCCAGACAUUUUUCUGUGCAUUUGCAUAGGCACACAUCGGGUACCAAUGGCGAACAUCUCUCACCUGAUUUUUCCCACUAUUAUUUGUGUCCUGGACCAGUCCCUCCAAUUGCUGUUUGCACAUGAUCUAUACCGCAAACUCACAUCAUCACUUACUCUGUACUUGUUACUGGGAAUAAAUGUUUGUAAGCAUUCUCCUGUUGUUU